AUCAUUAUAGCAUCAAAACUGGUGAUGUCCUAGGCUUAGAUAUUUGCCUGGUUAAAAUUAAUCCAAGCCAGGAAAGAGGUGAACAACUUUGUAACGGUCUAAGUCAAACAUUCAGUGACACGUAAAUCUGAGUGUUUUAACAUGUUAACAGCAACCUUAUUCCAACAUAUCUAGUGUGUUAAAAAACAAAAGUUUGGAUUUCCCUUUACAGGCACUUUAAUUAUGCAACAGACCAUAUACAUAUAGACCUAAGUUAUUUUUGUUCGGCUAUCUAACUUUAUUGAUUUCAGCACUGGAAACUUUAGAAAAAAAAUCACAUUGAAUAAUUAAAAAUCUACUAUCAAAAUGAAAUCGAUGAAAUGGUACAAAUUAAAUGAGCCUUUACCAUUAAGAAAUGACUCAUACUGUACUAUUCACAUGUAUCAUUUGAUGGGUGUCAAAAAGUCAAAUGAUGCCGCUGUAGAAAGCUUAUCAAACUCAACACUCCCUAAGGAAUGACAGUGAGCAGCACACCUGACGUAUAUUUAAAAAAAUAACACUAAAAAAUAAUAAAUAUACAAGAUUGUUCAAAAUCAUUUUGGAUUCAUUUUUUAAAAAUCCAACAUUUAUUUGAAAAGUUCUUUUAUAGAGGUGACUUUAAAAAGUUAACUAACUGGGACUCGUAUUUAUUGCCUGCUCAUUUUUUUUUUCUCAUGAUUUUUAAGCAGGGCAGCCUGUAUUCAUUUUGAAUCUUGGAUUUGUGCUAGCUUUGCUGACAGAAUGAUAUAGUUCAGCACAGGAAAUAAACCCCAUAAACUUAGGCACAGCUGCAGUGGGGGAGCGAGCAGAUUAGUCACACCACACUUUGACGAGCUCUUCACUUUUGUUUUCUGCCGAGCUACUUCCGCUGUUUCCCUCCUUGACUUAAACUUGAACCAACUGUAUGGUAGGUGCUUAAAUGUACCAUUAGUGUGAUUUUUUUAGUCUCUGAUAUAACCAAACCUUGCUUUAAAAGUUAUUUAUACUCAUUUAUACGAAUUAUGUCUACCAGGGGCUGCUGUUUUGCAUUGGGCUUUUUUUUGAAAGCUGUGAAGUCUCCUUCGCCCGGUAAAGACUGAGACGGCACACCAUUGAGAUUUCAGUCAUGAUGAUAGGAACAGAAUGAUGGCCCCUAAGACUGUCAGAGGGAAGAGCAGAACAAAGCCGUGAUGCAGAGACUGAGCAGAGGUGAGACCAGCCGAUAGCAUCCAGACAACAAGGACUCAAUGUGAAGUGUGUUACAAGCACAGUACUAACUGUUUACUUAAUUAUGACAACCUAAAGUUUCUGGUCUGUUCAGUACACUGAAUAACCAGUAAAAUCGCCGCGCAUGGAUUUACCAUGAGAAUACAAACUUCAAGAGAUCUACACAAGAAGCAGUACAGAAAAUAACUCACACUUUGUACCUCUUCAUAAAGAUUGAAAAUUAAUUUCUGAGACUUAAUCUUCUAAAGCCCAAACAUCUAGAGGAGAAACAUCAGAGGAACCCAUGAACGGCAUGGCAGAGAUGUCAUUGAAGUGUGUCCUGGUCGGGGAUAGCGCGGUGGGAAAGACGGCCUUGCUGGUCCGUUUCACAUCAGAGACCUUCCCCGACACUUACAAGCCCACUGUGUUUGAGAACAUCGGGGUCGAGGUUUACAUGGAUGAGGUCCCAAUCAGCCUGGGACUAUGGGAUACGGCAGGAAAUGACAACUUUCGACAGAUCCGGCCACGAUCUUACCAGCAAGCUGACGUCGUCCUCAUCUGCUUCUCGGUGGCCAACCCAAACUCUCUGGCCAAUGUCCAGCGUAAGUGGAUUAAUGAGGUUCGAGAGAACUUGCCUAAGGUUCCUGUGUUAGUUGUGGCAACUCAGACGGAUCUAAGGGAGAUGGGGGCUCAUCGAGGCACCUGCAUCACUCCAGCGGAAGGGAGGCACGUGGCUCAUGAAGUCCACGCUAAAGGCUACCUGGAGUGCUCAUCUUUGAGCAACCGCGGCGUACAGCAGGUGUUUGAGUAUGCGGUGCGGACAGCUGUGAACCAGGCCCGGAAGCAGGCCAGGCGACGGAUGUUCAGCUUAAACCAGUGCAAAGUCUUUUGACUCUUGGCCUUGAAUUGUCAGGCAAUUGUACCUUCAUGAGAAGACUUCAGUGAUACAUAUGGGAGUGUUGUUCAGACUCAAUUCUGUUCUGCAGAGGUACAAUGACCUGAAGUUGUAUCUUUGUAUCUGCACAGAGCUCUUUUUCACUGAAAGAGACCCCCUAAACUUCUGGGGUAUUUAAAACUGAGGACUUGUUAGUUGUGUGCCUGAUUGAAACAUGUACAAGUGUCAGCUCUACUCUUGCAUGAUCUAAGAGAGGUUUGCAGAAAAGAGCUCUUCUUAAUCGUUUAUUUGAACAGUGGGUCUGAUGGAGAUAACUUAAAAAAAAGGCAUCAGUAAAACUUUGUGUUUUAUAGAUUCUGUAUUAGGAGCUUUUUCUUUUUCCCUCAAUCUAAACCUAUUGAGCCUUAAUAUUGAAUACGGUAUCACUUCUGAUGGAAGAAAGAACCUCAUCAUGGCAUUACAAGGUUUGAUGGUUAAUAGUACUCUUCCAUUCCUUUAAAUGCCUUUAACACCACAAAUAAAGUAAAAAAAUCUGUUGUAUUUUCAGCUGUUUGGAGUUUUAUAGAUUGAUUUACAUGUUUUCAAAAUGAAAUCAAACAAAGGAAGCCCGUUACUAUGCCCUUUCAACAUAUACUGUUACGAUAUCAGUUAUUUUAAACGUUCGGAUCAAACUGACUAGUUUUGUUUCUACAAAAUUAACGUGUGAUGCAUGUAUGUAUUGAUAACUGGAUGCAGAUAAGGAUUAUAUAAGACAUGAGACAAAACAAUGUGCUGUUUAAAAUGUUUUAUUUUACAUGACUUACAUUAGUUUUACUAAUAAAUGAUACUCAUUCAAUUUCGGACAUUUAUAGUAAAAAUAUUUAUAGAUUUUCAAGACAUUAUUGAUCAAAUAUCUUUAUAACCACUAAUGCAUAUGAUUUGUGGCUGGCAGGGAUUUUAUGACAACCAUAUUUUUCUUAUCAUUUUUUAUUUUGUAUUAUUAACCAUAUACCUCUUUUUCAUAAAUGUCUAAAGAAAUUCCAGGCAUAUGCUACGUAUAUGUAUCUUAAUGAAACAGCUCAAACUGUCCCGAUUGUUUUGUUCCUGUUCAAACUAAUUGACUUUUAUUAAAUUAAUUCAAAGGCUUUAUCACACGGUAUGUUUUUUUUUCUACUUUUUAAACAUAUCAGGUCAAUAUCUUUACUACACAUGUGAUAUUGUCCUUUUUGUCUGUUCAUGUUGAAUUUCA